GUUGAUAUUUAAUUUAAAAUGUAGAUGCUUGAGAAAUCACCUGUAUUCGAAAUACUUUAAAUAUUAUAAAUCAUUCUACCAGGCGUGUACAUCUCCAUAGUCUGAUCACUUGAACAGCAGAUUCCUUGACGUUUCGUUCCCUCCGCACACAGCUGGGUGUAUCGAGUACCCCACCAAGCAGGCUGACUGGAUCCUUUACGGAGGGGAGGGGGGCAUCGUCUGCCCCUCAAGUCUGUAGAGAAAAUGCAAAGCUAGCUAUAACUUCUGGGGUGUUUCCACGUAACGCUAAUGUUGAUCGAUGUAUAUCAGGAGCUCGUUGGCCAGCGCGUCGGCAGGAAGUACCGACGGAUUUGAGGUCAGCUUGAAAAUUAACGGUACCCGUCCGGCUCCAGUGUGGGAUGUGCCAUGUAUGUUAGCUGGAGAUGAGAAUGAAACCCAGUCGCAACCUCCUCCUGGGCCUGUGCUCCAUGCUGGCCCUGGGAUUCCUCUACUACUCGUCAGGGAGGAUCAGCUUACAAGGCUGGGGCCGCAAAUCAUUGUAUGACAAGCAAGGAUUCCUUCUGAAGCUGGAUGGUGGUCUGCCUUUGGAGCUGAUCUACAAGUAUGGCAAUCUCAGCGAGGGGGCCUGUAAGCCUGGUUUUGCAGCAGCCAAGAUGACUGCCAUUUAUCCAAAGAGUCAGAAGCCAGAAGGACUUGCCUCUUGUGUGUAGUAAAAACAGUCACUGAAAA